GUUCGGAAGACCGAGCUGUGCUCGUCGUGUCCAUAUUUUUUCUGACCUUCCCGCUUAGAAGAUUCCCCCGCAGCUCAGCCCAUCCAUCCACGUAAUCCCGGUCGGUUGCCACUCAUAAUCAACACAAAUCCAGAGCGAAAUGUCCCCAAACCCUCCAGGCGCCAACACAAAUCGAAGCGCACCCACCUGGGUUCAUCAGUCGCCGCCGGAACACUUCUACCGUCGCUCCCCCUCUCCAGCCAUUUCCGACCACAACAACCAAGCAGUAUCCCCAGCCGACUCACAAGCACCCAUCAUGGAGUCGACCUGGAAGACAACACCUCGGAACGACUUUGCUCGGCCGUCAACAGCAGAGAAUAACAAGCCUGUCGAUGAGCCAUACUAUCCUCCGGUACCGGUGCCGGCGGCAUACGGAACGGGAAUGAGUGUGGUGAACGGUGAAGUCGGUGGUACCGUUGUCACUCAGGAGGUUCAGACACCAACGGACACGCAAUGGGCCCGGUACCCUAUCGCUCCUCUAUCGGCUGGACUGAAAACUUCCAACACGACGUUUUCCACCCACGAGGAACAGAGGGUGGCAGAGUUGGAGGAGAAGGCACGGGCUGAGGAUCAGCGCGAUUUGGCCGUGAAACUGAAGGUUCGGUUGGCGAAGGUUGUGCUGCGAAGUAUCAACUGUGCUUGCAGUUUGGUCGUUCUUGCUCUCGUAGCAUCUACAUUCGCCAUCUUCAACGCAACACGGAACCUCAAGCCUCGAAAUGGCCUGCCACCAUGGGCCAUGAAGACACCAACCUGGCCGCAAAUUACCAUCAUCGUCAUCGCAUCCAUCUCGCUCGCUCUCUCGCUGUUCAUCAUGUACAGUUACUGGAAGGGUGGACACAACAAGGCUGAAAGGAUCGCAUUGCACGCAACCAUCUUCGCAGGUGCUGUGUUCAUAUUCACUAUCGCCAUGUGGUCUGCCGGUAUCGGUAUCAUGCAGGCCAGCCGAGCGGGCAACGACAAUAAGGAUCUGUGGGGUUGGUCUUGCAAGGACAACACGCGACGGAAGCUGUUUGAGGACAGCAUCGACUACACACUCGUUUGCCGCCAGCAGGACUGGGUUGUCGUUUGCGCCAUCAUCGAAAUCUCCGUCGAGUUCCUCGCCAUCUGCGUGUACCUGUUCGCCUUCUACCGUCUGUUCUACACCAAGCGCCGACUCCGCAAGUCCAUGAACGUCCGCGACGAGGCGCGUUCCAGCCUCUGGCUCGCCAAGCUGAAGGAGCAGAAGGUGGCCGAGGACGACGAGCCCGAUCACGAGACCUCGAUGAACACCACCCAGAAUAAGCUGAACUCCAACUCGGCGUUCAACAACGCCAGCAUCGCCGAGGAGGGCCGCGUCGUCGAGGAGACCCGCACCGUCCCCAUCCUCCAGCCUGCGCCGCUCGCCAAGCGCGCCGGCCAGACUGUCCCCGGCGCUCUGAAGAAGUCGUCGCAGUUCACAACAAUCAGCAGGGAAGCUGAUGCUGCAAACCUGCCAACAGGCAGAUCGGUCAGCUUCAUGCCAGGCCCGCCGCCAGGCUCGUCGGGAUCUCGCUAAACCAGCAGUCUGAAGUGCGUGCGUGCGCGUGUAUGGUUUCUUUCGAUUAUAAUCAAGUUGUGAAAAACUUCUUUCGUUGUGUUUAAUUUGGGGUUCUUUUUUGCUUGUCUUAUCUGGUUUUUACAGCGAUUUCUGGUUAUCGGUUGUUUGGUUUC